AUGGCGUCCAGAUAUUAUCAAGAGAUGCAAGAGAGUUUCAAAAAUAACAACAAAAGCAGGGAAUUCCCUGCGCAUAGCGCUAAAGUUCAUUCAGUAGCAUGGAGUUGCGACGGUAGGAGAUUGGCAUCUGGGUCUUUUGAUAAAACAGCAAGCGUAUUUGUCUUAGAAAAAGACCGUUUGGUAAGUUUCUAGCUAGCUUGGUAGUAUGCAUGGGUGUGAUGAAUGAACCACGCAUGCUAGUGCAAGGCUAACAACAAGCCUCGCCAGUCUUAUCUUGUAACAUUCAGGCGCACCAAAUUAUACACGCACUUUGAUAUCUAGCAGGUAUCUAUUAAUUUGCUAACUCUAUGACCAGACCGCGAAGGGAAGAGCCUGCUAACUAGAUGUUAUGUUUUGUGCUGAUCCAACUAGCCUAGACAGCUAGUAGCUACAGUUACUUUUAGUGGCAGCUACCUCCCCCUUAGCACACAGCUAGCCAUCUUGUUGAUUGCUAGCUGUUUUUGCCUAUGUCAACCCCUUACAGGUGAAAGAGAACAACUACAGAGGCCAUGGAGACAGUGUUGAUCAGCUGUGUUGGCAUCCUACCAACCCAGACGUGUUUGUCACUGCAUCAGGGGACAAGACCAUACGCAUCUGGGACGUCAGGACAACAAAGUGCACGGCUACUGUCAACACUAAAGGUACACUCCAGUUCCAAUCCAUCUGCUGUGUCUUCAGCCAAAAACAACAAAAAAGUACAAAGUCUUGUACUUUAGUUUUGAUUUUUUGCCAUCUGUAACGUUCCGUUGCAUUCAUUAAUUCUGAUCUAAGCCGGCAACAGUGCUUGAUCUAUGCGAUAUGUUUGUUUGCAGGGGAAAACAUCAAUAUCUGCUGGAGUCCGGACGGCCAAACGAUAGCCGUUGGGAACAAGGAUGAUGUGGUUACCUUCAUCGACGUCAAAUCACACCGGUCACGAGCCGAGGAGCAGUUUAAGUUUGAAGUCAACGAGAUCUCAUGGAACAAUGACAACGACAUGUUCUUUCUCACCAAUGGAAACGGGUGCAUCAACAUCUUGAGGUAAGACCUUGGUUCCAUCCAAAAUGACACCUUAGGUUAUUUCCUAUAUAGUGCACUACUUUUGGCUAGGACCCAUAGGGUGCUGGUCAAAACCAAUUCCCACGCUCCCUGUUACUCUAGAAUUCACAGUCCUGUCCAAACUAGAAUGUGUAUCUUAUGUCCUGUGAUGUAGUUUAGUUUAGUUUUUUUUUUAGUCAUUCAUCAGACGCUGUUAUCCAGAGCGACUUAGUGAGUGCAUACAUUUUCAUACUGGCCCCCCCCCCCCCCCGUGGGAAUUGAACCCACAACCCUGGUGUUGCAAGCGCCAUGCUCUAUACCAACUGAGCUACACGGGGCCCCUAAUAGAUAGGCUAAUUAUGAACCUACAUUACGGCUCCCUAACUUUGACAUGUUGUUUUCAGUUACCCUGAGCUGAAGCCCAUCCAGUCGAUCAACGCCCAUCCCUCCAACUGCAUCUGCAUCAAGUUUGACCCCACAGGGAAGUACUUUGCCACAGGAAGUGCAGACGCCCUGGUCAGUCUGUGGACCGUUGAAGAAAUGGUCUGUGUUCGCUGUUUCUCCAGGUGAGUGAGUCUACAUUGAAAACUGUAAAUAUGGACAGAUAUCUAUCUACAACAAAUGGUGCAAUUGCAAAUCCCUCAUCACCACCAUCAUCAUCAUCAUCUAACCCAAUUAACCAGUGUAAGCAUCCAAAACAUGAUCAGUAUUUGUAUCAUACGUUGAGUCUGAUUGUCUUGUUAAUGUGUUCCAGGUUGGACUGGCCAGUGAGGACGUUGAGUUUCAGCCAUGAUGGGAAGAUGCUGGCUUCAGCCUCUGAGGACCACUUCAUAGACAUAGCAGAGGUUGAAACAGGUUAGUUGAAGAAAGGAAAUACAACUUUUUGUAGCAAGAAACCAAAAUACAAUAGAAUUUGCAAGGAUAAUCCCCUUACUCCCCUCUGCUCCCUGUGGAACAUACGGUCCACACAACAAGCCCCGCACUAUGCCAGAUAGUCCUCGGCAAGAAUAAAGACCUCUUUAAUUUGAGUUCAUCAUUCCUCAGUAUCCUCUAUACUUUCUUUUGUCUUUUUGCAGGAGAGAAGCUGUGGGAGGUCCAGUGUGAGUCCCCUACGUUCACAGUGGCCUGGCAUCCGAAGAGACCGCUGCUGGCGUACGCAUGUGAUGACAAGGAAGGGAAGUAUGACAGCAAUAGAGAGUCGGGCACUGUCAAACUGUUUGGAUUACCUAAUGAUUCCUGA